AUGGCAGAAGAGUCGCUGGAACGCCUGGAUCAAGAGAUCACUUUGCAUCUUCAGCAAAUUGAUUCGAAUCUAAGCUAUUGUUUUUCCAAAAUUACCCAGGAUAUCAUACCACAUGUGACCAAAUAUGGGGCUGUGUGCGACGAAGUGAUGGACAGCUGCAAUUGGCUCAAAGUCAUGUUCCAGCAGGCUGGAAACUUGCAGAUAGACUCUGUGGCACGGCCUGGGUCGCCUGAAGACCAGCAAGCUUUGGAAUCGCACGUCUCAGAGGGCUCCUUGCAGACACUGUUCCCAGGUAAGCCUCGCGUCAGCGCUGACUCUUCUAGCGUGAUGGCGCCUCCUGUGCUGCAGAAACCGACCCUGAGUGCGGACACUGGGGAUAUUACCACUACCACAGGACAAGUUCUGCAGCUGCCAGACUCCAGCGACGAAGAACGCGCUGAUGACGAGCACACAAACGACACGGUCAAGAGCAGUAUCGGGGACGAUGCAGACGGCAGCACAAUGCAGCGGCAACGUCGCAAGCGCAAGAUGUCGUUACUUCUCCAACAGCAGUUCGGUUCAAGCUCCAGCAGUGCGGUACCCUCGCCUGCGCAAUUGACGGCACCACCUCCAGACUCAAACCUCGACAGCUCUCCUCUUCGCAAGACCGACGUGGGUCAAAGUGAGAGUACGAAGAAAUUGGCAGCCCCGCCUGGCACAGUGAUUCACUUCUCAACGCGCCAGAUGACUCAGGACAGCCUCGACGAGUGA